GAAAUUGCCAACUGAACUACAGAAGCCAUGCACAUUUGCAAGGAAGCCCGAAAAUAUUGCUCUUAACAGAUACAAUGGAAUUUAUCCAUAUGAUCACUCUCGGGUGAAACUGAACGGGUAUCCAGAUUUCUUCAUAAAUGCCUGCUACAUUGACGGAUAUAAAAGAAGCAAAGCAUACAUAGCAUCUCUAGGUCCUACAGCCAAAACUACAAGUGAUUUUAAAAUGUUCUGGAAAAUGAUCUGGUAUGAAAGAUCAGAUGUUAUUGUUAUGUUAACAAAUCUUCGUGAACCGUCGGGAAUGAAAUGUGAGAAGUACUGGCCGGAGGGAGGUGCUGUUAUUUGGUAUGGUGACGUAUGUGUUUCCUGUCAAGCAAUCGAAUGCUUUGCUGAAUAUACAAUAAGAACAUUUACUUUAUCAAAAGAGGAAGAAUGCCGUUCCUUAACUCAUCUUCACUAUACUGCAUGGCCCGACAAAACGGUUCCAGAAGAUGUGACAAGUCUCAUUGAAUUCAGACAAAGAAUGAAAGCCACACCAACGACUUCAGAAGGUCCAGUCGUCGUACAUUGCAGUGCAGGAAUUGGCCGCACUGGAACAUUAAUAGCGCUUGACAGACUGAUAGAAGAGGGACAAGACAAAGGUUCGCUUAAUGUAUUUGAAUGUGUCGACAACAUGAGAGAACAAAGGGUUAAAAUGGUCCAAACAUUUGAACAGUACAUGUACAUAUACAAAGCGUUAGUAAACGCACUGGCCUUCGACUGUGAAACAGUACCUGUAGAAACAUUCAAUGAGUAUGUCGACGCAACAAAUAACAAUAUGUACAGUAUGAUGUUUCAGCAAUUAAGACAGUCAGUGGAAACAGACAGCAAAGCUGACGUAGAGGCUCGUUUGAAAAAUGAAAAACUCACAAGCAAGAAUCGCCGUGGAGCUGAUAUACCAGGAAGUCGAUUUCGAGCAAUGCUGUAUCCUAACCGGGCCGACGAAGGAUCUGAGUAUAUCAACGCUGUUUACAUAAACAGUUUUGUGAAAAAGGAUUACUUCAUUGCUGCGCAGUCACCGUUGCCGUGUACUGUCGCAGAUUUUAUUACUUUGGUCUACCAAGAAGACUGUUCAUGUAUUGCUACAAUGGAAGACUUGAGAGAUCCUGGAAUGACUGUUGGACAAUAUCUUCCGGAUGACAAGAAGACAUUGACUGUUGCCAAUUUCAAAGUAUCGUCUUCAAGACUGGAAACUAAACACAGUUACGUGGUUAGGAAAAUGAUGAUAAAGUAUACAGGAAAGUGGGCAUUUGACGUAAUGACGUUGAUACGACGUCGAUUCAACGUUGCGUUUUGGUUGAAAAU